AAACGAUCCUCUCCCCUUUGCAUUUCGGUACACUUAAUUAUCAAAUGAAUCAUCAUCAAUCAAAAUGUGCUUUCCCAUCAGUAUUGAUGCACCUCCACUAGGCCUUGUUUGGUUUUCCAAAAUUCAGAAACUGCCAUAAUGCCCACUUUUGACCACUACCAAAAUUUAAUGGGCAUCUUUGAAUAUCUUCCAAGAGUCCAAUCAUCUUCAUUCCAUCCCAAACUAGACAACCUCAGGCCAAGACCACAGUACAUGUAUGCAUGCCUAUAGAUACAAGUCUGAAUAUGGCUUAAGGGAACUUGAUAAUUCUCCAGUGCCAAAUCAACUCAUUGUUUCAAGAACCACUUCAAAAGGAAGCCUUUUUGCCAUUUAAGAAGUAUAUUAUUGUUUAGCCUCUCAUUUACUUUGAUUCUAAUCUGAUCACCAAUAUAAAUACAUAUUUAUGCUCUGCAACUAAAGCCAUACCUAUUCACCACCCCAAGAUUGAGGCUAGAAGUUUAGCCAUUUCAAUGGCAGUUGAAGGUGCAGUACAUGGUUCAUAUGAAGUGAGCAUUACAAAGAAGACAAUUGUAAAAGCUACAGAGCCUCUACCAGAGCCUCAUAUUCUCACCCUUUCAAACCUAGACCUCCUCUCGGGCCGUUUUCCGGUAACAUACUUCUAUUUCUACCGCAACAAUCCCCUUGUCGCGAGCUUCACUUCUGUCGUUGACGCCCUUAAAUCCUCUCUUUCCAAGACUCUCACUCACUUCUACCCGUUCUCUGGUCGAGUCGUUCAAAACCAAAGCACCAAUGAGCCCGAAAUAGUCUGUGACAAUACCGGUGCUCUUUUCGUAGAAGCCCAUUCUAACAUCGCUCUAAAAGAACUUGACUUCUACAAUCUCAACCAAUCCCUAGAGGGAAAACUCGUAUCCAUCGACAACGACUACCCUCUACAAAUCCAAGUAACAUGUUACACUUGUGGAGGGUUGUCGAUUACCUUCACGUUUGACCAUGCAUUAGGUGAUGCAAGUGCCUUCAGUAAGUUUCUCAUUACAUGGUCUGAAAUAGCCAUGGCGAAGACGAUUUCUUGCAUUCCGGAUCACAGGAGAUACCUUCGUGCCCGAGUUCCUCCGAGUUAUGACCCGUGGGUGGACCAAGCUUUCGUAUCCUGCACCCUGGAAGAAAUUGCCAAAAUUCCCAUGCCUAAAAUAUCGCUCAAACGUCUUUACCAUAUAGAUGCAUCGAGCAUUAACAAGUUGCAAAGACUUGCUUGCAUGGAUGGAAGCAGCAGGACUAAAAUCGAGGCUUUCUCUGCUUACAUUUGGAAGGUUAUGGUUCAAGCUAUUGAUGAGAGUCACCCGAAAUGCAAAAUGGGUUGGUUAGUCGAUGGACGGACUAGAAUGUGUAAAGAUCCAAACACCAUGUCAAAUUACAUUGGGAAUGUCUUGUCUGUGGCUUUUGGGGAAGCAAGCAAGGUCGAGUUGGAGACCGGAGGAUUGACAGAUAUCGCCAAGAUUUGUCACAACGCGAUUUCAAAGGUGACCAACCGGGCUCAUUUCCUGGACUUGAUCGACUGGAUCGAGUGCCACAGACCCGGAUUGAUGCUGUCGAAGGUCGUGUUGGGUCGUGCGGGUCCCGCCCUUGUGGUGUCGUCCGGGCGAAGGUUUCCGGUGACCGAGUUAGAUUUUGGGUUCGGAAGUCCGGCCCUCGGGACCGUUUGUUCUACAAUACAGAGGAUUGGAGUUGGUUAUGUAAACCAAAGGCCAAGUGCAAGAGGUGAUGGGUCUUGGACCGUAUCGGCGAUUAUAUGGCCAGAAUUAGCAGCAGCACUGGAGUCGGAUUCGGAUCGUGUUUUUCAGCCCAUGACUGCAGAUCAUCUUCAACUCUAAUCCCAUUUCCAUCCAUUAAGCAGAAUCUGCAGAAAAGAACAUUUUCUCAGGGAUCUGCAAUUUCUGCUGCGAGCCCAACUCGAAGUCUCUGUCAGGUGCCUGCAGGGGAGUGCGGCUACGGUGAAUGCACAGGAAGAACAUGCCCAAAUUUGUACCCAGGUAUCGGUUUAAUUGACAGAAUCAUGCACUACAUUGAAAACUGAUUAACCACACACCUAGCCUUCAUCCCCCAUAACAUGUCCUUUUCACCUCAGUCAAGGCCUUAAAGACAUGGAAUGUAUUACAUGGUCUUUUUCUUCUUUGCAGAUGCAAAUUACCCAGUUUAUGGUCUGUGGUCAACUGAUGUUGCUCGAUCUUUCUGUUAUAUAAACGGGAUAACUUGUAUAGUUUGGCUACCAAUAAGGAUAAAUCUAUGUAAAGAGGCUAAAACCUAAAAUUAUUGAGCCUCGGUCUACUGAGAAGACAGGUUCGUUUCUACCCAAUGGUAAAAUGAGAGCCAGACGUCGAUGGGUUGAAACCCAUAAAACGCGGAUAUAAAUCUCAAUGGCCGGAACUUAAGGGGGUGAGUGCAGUAACAGCAAAGAAGAUUAUUGAGAAGGAAAACCCAUUUGUGAAAGCAUGGAUAUAUCCAGAAGGCAUUU